UUGCAGAAGUAGCGGAUUUAAAAACUUUCUGUCUGCAAGUCUUUUCGUCGAAAUAGCACUUCAAGAAGAGUCUCUGACUUCCAAAAGGGGAAAACAUGGCUUUUUAAACUGUGACCGUCUUCGUGCUCACCGUAAAGCUCCGUGUGCUUUGCUCCUGCAACGCACUUUACAAGACUAUUCAGAAACUAUGGGGUCUUCCAGUUCUAUUUCAUCCACCCAGUGCACGGUUUGUGCUUUUGAACAAUUCGAUCGAAGCAGACGACACAAUGGCGGCAUCGAUCCUUCGCAGGAAAAUUCCCCCCAUUUCCACAGGCGAGCUCGGCGCUCCCCUUCUCCAACAGGCUAGCCACAGCCAAUCACUGCCCAGGACGGGGGCGGAGCCUGUGGAGAGGCAGCACUUAAUUGGUGAUGGUCACUCAGAUUGGAUGACGGAAAAAGUUGAUUUGUCUUCAUUUGUGUCGACGACCGAGUCUUCUCCAAGCUCUUCCCUUCCACCCUCACCAUUAGAACAAGAUGUCAAGGUGCCCUCGGAUCUGGAGGUCAUGACCUCUCUACUGCAGGAGGAGCUGGCUCAGCUGGAGGACUACUUCCGCUCCGAGUCCACAUCCACGACAAGCAAGUUGGAGAAAUCCUCAAAAUGUGACAAGGGUGCUCAAGCCAUGGGCUCCCAGUCUUAUUAUCAGUUACCCUAUGGGUCGUAUGGGUCCAGCCAAUCAGAAACCAGCCCUGUGGUUGUUACCUUGGCAACAGGGGAAUUGGACCUGGCCAGCUUCUGUGGCGGUCCCAUCGGCAGAACCAAAAUUGCUCGACCCGCUCCAUACAACUACCAUCACCGCUACCACCACAACAACGGGCGAAGAAUAAUCAGCGAGGCUGUGAAAGUAGGGGAGGAAGUUGGACUUGAUACGUGGGGCUCCAGGGGAAGUUACUCAGGAAGCACAGAGUUGUCUGUGAACCACUACUCCACACUGAAGACAGUGAGCAAGAACAGCCUCGGCAGCGUCAAGAAGGUGAGAGAAUGUGCUUUAUCGUUGAAGGAAGAGGAGAGUUAUUGUUUUUCAGAAGGAAUGUUUUGCAGCGAAGAGAUUGCUCGAGGUUUUUGUCUGGGCGGCUCGUACGAGAGCCACCACAAGCGAGAGGGACAGUUGAUGCACAAUGUGAAGGUCAAUGUAAGUUACGACAGCACGGGGCUCGAUGUUUUGCACUGCAGCAAAGAUGGAGGACUUUCUGGAAGUAUUCCCCCAGAGACAAUGGUGGCCGGUGACGGCUACUUCCACCAGUCAAUGGCCAGCACAGAGCCUUACCAUAGCUUUAUAGGUGACCUAGAUCAGCCGUCACAAGCACAGGCUGUAGAGCCCCAACACGGCCACUACCUCUAUCCAGAAUGCCUUGCAGACCAAAGCUAUGAAUGUCUGUCCAGAGGGGAGGGCGAGGGGCCGCUGAUGGGCGCCCCAAUCCACCGCCCCACCCAGAGGCUAAAGGAUGAACACUGCUCCAUCAAACCAUCUCUAGUGAUGGGCGCCGCUUCUCUGGAAGCCAACAGUGGAGAGAGGAAGCAGAAGAAGAGAGACCAGAACAAAACUGCUGCUCACAGGUACAGGCUGCGUAAGAGGGCGGAGCUGGACUCUCUGGAGGAGGAGCUGCAUGGCCUCGAGGGGCAGAACCGAGAGCUUCGUGACAAGGCGGAGUCGGUGGAACGAGAAAUCCAGUAUGUCAAAGAUUUACUGAUCGAGGUCUACAAGGCUCGCAGUCAGCGACUCAAACAGGAUGGCAGUGCCUAAAACGCCCACGCUGACCUCACCUCCAAAAUCUCCCAACCAGCAGCAAGAGAAAAAUCAAGUCAAGAGCACCAACUGGUUUUUGUCUCACAAAAAUGAAAUGGUAGUUGCAUGAUUUUCGUAGUUCUUUUCUAAAAAAAAAAAAAAAAUAAAAAAUUUUUUUUUUUGUUCCAAGAGGAUGGCGAAACAAAAACAAACCUUUCCUAUAAAAAGAAGAAAAAAAAAGGAGAAGUUUCCAGAUGGGUGACUAAACUAUUAAAAGCCUUAGUGAGGUGGCUUCCAGAGGAGAUGCUGAACUUGUCCGUGACCACUGUGAUCCGAACUGCACUCACAGCCUUGUGAUGACUGAGUUUGCGCUUGCAAUGAUUGAUCGUUUACAAAAUGCUCUUUGAAUUAGUAGUAGUGGUUGAAUUUGCUUGUGGUUUUUGUGACACACAUUGGCAGCAUCAAGGCAGAUCCAUACUAAAUAUAUAUUUUAUUUUAUAUUUUUAUUUUUACUUAAUAAUGUUCAUUUAUCAUUUGCUUAAAAACAAUCAAAGUGAAUAAAGGGAUUGCUGGAAAAAGUGUGUAACAUGCUCUACAAAUAUUCAUUAUCAGAAACAUUUAGAAAUUUGUAUUGCUAAAAUGUUGAGUAUUUACACUUCUUUACCCCACUGAAAUACCCAAUGCAUGUUUGAUUUUGGAAAAGCAUGUGCGAGUGUUAUUUGAAGGCAAUAUUCUGUUAACUGCAUGGCUUCAAGAUCUCCACCGCGUCAAUUUAACUGAGUUGACUUUACUCUUCUCAUCAAGCUGGCGACUUUUCUCUGAGUUCCCCCCCCCACACCCCACCCCCCCG